AUGUCAAAUAGCACCACCUAUGCAGAAAGAUUGGGACAAAUUGGUCUUGAUAUUGCAUUAUAUAUCGAUAUAAUCACUUUUAUCUUUGGAAUAACCGGUUGUAUCGGUAAUCUACUAGUAUUCACCAGUCGACGGCUACGUAAAUCUUCAGCUGCGACAUAUUUACUCUGUACUGCAUUAUCUCAACUGAUUACUAUUCUCGUUUGUAUUCAACUUCGUGUGUUUUAUGAUCGUUCAGGAAGUAACCUACAAAACCAAUCAGCUGUAUUUUGCAAAUUUCGGUAUUAUGUUGCGAUAGCAUUACCUGCACUCGCAUCUAAUUACAUGAUGUUAGCAGCUUUUGAUCGGUAUAUAUCGACAUCCGACAAUGCCAGAAUACGAGCAUGGAAUCAAACUAAAGUGGUGAAUCGAUUGGCAAUAGGAACAUUAGUAAUUACGCUUUUAAUGUCAAUACAUAUACCUAUUCUCUUUAGUAUUUUUCGAAACUUUUGUCAAAUCCAACCAGAAAGUGUUUAUACAUAUAUUUACGGAGGAUAUUUGAUCAUUGUUGUAAUACUUACUCCACAUAUCUUAAUGUUUAUAUUUUCUGUGCUGACGAUAUUUGCUUUGAGAAAAUCACGUCAACGUGUGGCUCCGGCAAUCAAAGAUAAUCGCGUGUCAAAUCGUCAAAGAACGCUCGAGUUGAAACUCAUUCAGAUUAUUGUCAUACAGGUGUUCGUCAGCGUAGUGUCUUCAAGCUUGCGUUUUGGUUCGGCUAGUUAUCGCACCAUUAUCUUCGUCAUCAUUCCUCCGACAGUGAAUGCAAAAGCUGCGCAAGCAUUCGCCGAAAGAGUUGGUAGUUCUUUGUACUUUUUAAAUUAUGCGACGUCAUUCUAUACAUCAAUGAUCAUAAGCCAAUACUUUCGUAAAACUUUCUACGAAAGAAUUCGUUUUUUCUAUCGUCGAUAUAUUGGACAAGUUUUGCAAAGAAACUCAUCUCAUUAA